AUGGCAGUUCCCAGACCAAGCAUGAUGCCUCAGCGAAAGACGGACAUGUCGACUAAAAAGCGGAAGAUUAUCUGUUUUUCAGACUUUGACGGCACGAUCUUCAUGCAAGAUACAGGGCAUAUCCUCUUCGACGCCCAUGGCUGCGGUAGUAAGCAGCGCCAAGUCCUCGACUCCCAAAUCCACUCCGGGGAGCGCUCCUUUCGCGAGGUAUCUGAAGAGAUGUGGGGCUCAUUGAACGUGCCGUUCGACGACGGCUUCAUGGUCAUGAAAGAUACGCUCGAAAUUGACCCGGAUUUCCACGCGUUCCACGAUUUCUGCGUCCUAAAUUCGAUCCCCUUCAACGUCAUUUCCGCCGGCCUGAAACCCAUUCUCCGCCGCGUGCUGGACGAGUUCUUGGGCGAGGAGCAGGCGGCGCACAUUGACAUUGUGGCGAAUGAAGCCGAGAUCAAGGAGGACGGGAGUCAGUGGAAGCCGAUCUGGAGACACGACACCGAACUCGGCCACGACAAGGCUCUCUCGAUCACCGAAGCCCGGGCACAGGCCAAUUUGGAGGCCGAAGACGGCACCAUUCCCCUGAUCGUCUUCAUUGGUGAUGGGGUGUCUGAUUUGCCCGCUGCACGAGAAGCAGAUGUCUUGUUCGCGCGGAGAGGUCUGAGACUGGAGGAAUACUGUGUCGAGAACCGGAUCCCGUACUUGGGCUUUGACACGUUUGCGGAUAUUCAGAAGGAGAUCCAGAUGAUCAUGGAGGAGGAUCAGAAGAAGACCCAGGGCCAUGGGGUGCCGGCCCGCUUCAACCCUCGGGCGAAUCUGUGGAGACGGGUAUCCAGUACGAAGGCCAUUCCGAAGUACCUGGCUGCGACUCCGAGCCAGGAGGAGAAGAUGUUCCUGUGGCCGAAUGCGUUCUCGGAAUACACCCCCAAGCAGAGUAUUAUGGAGGAGGGUGUGGCUGCUUAG